GGUGUGUAUAUGGGUACCGUUAGUUUCACGACGGAGCCUCUGCAGGAGCGAAUGAUAUACCCACUGCUCUAUCCCAAUAUCACGAUACCAAAGCGAUUUCCAACGCCAAUGUACUUCGGCUCCCUCGAUCUCGACACCUACUACUACCCCCUUUUCGUCAUGUCCACCUGUUGUACAUUUCUCGUAAUGACGGUGGUGGGCUCCUGCGAUGUGCUACUGUUCAUGUAUGCGGAACAUGCGUGCGGGUUAUUCAAAGGAUUAGGAUAUGCCAUUGAGAAUCUCCCGCCGCAGGAGGAGAAUGAGGGAAGCGACUUGGGUUUCUAUUACUUGAGGAGCUGUGCGGUGGUGCAUAAACGUGCAAUAGAAUUUGCAGAAGGCAUCCGAGACAUUUACCUCUGGAAUUUCUUCGGAGUUAUUGGACUCAACAUGAUCCUGAUGAGUGUAACUGGAGUGCAGGUGGUGACGAACUUGGACGCUAUGGAGAAAGUCGUCAAAUACUCUGUCUUCGUCUUCAUGCAGAUGGUGCAUCUCUUCAUCGAGUGUUUGGCCGCCCAGCGACUGAUGGACGCCAGUUUCGAGCUCAAAGAGACCCUGACCAACGCGAAGUGGUAUAUGGCAUCCAAGAAAACUCACAAGUUAAUCCUUCUGAUGCUCAUGAGGAGUCAAAUUCCGAUCGUUCUGAGUGCUGGCAAGAUGAUUGUCAUGAAUAUGGACACUUAUGCUGUUGUUCUGAAAACAGCAGCUUCUUAUUUCACAGUCUUCUUGGCGAUGCAGUGAAAAAAUACAUUGUAUAUUGAAUGAGCAAAUUAUACCGGAUCGAAUGUAAUCGCAUUGUAAUCGAAGGUUAACAUUA